GUGUGCAGACCCUGAGCUUUCCUGAGACCAAACCAUACUAACUAUUCAGAAUCACCAUGGCUUCCUGCCAUCUACACCACUUAGCUUACUUCCACCUGUUCUGCCACGCGGAGCUUUUGCUCCAGGGGAGCCAGCCCAACCAACCACUUUCCUUCUUCAGGAAGAUGUUCCUCAUAGGUCAGGUUUCCCUGACCACCAAAGCUGGACAGAGACACAUAUCACACAACCCAUGUGGCAAAAGCUCUGGAGUCACAAGUAGUGCUGAGUUCUACAACUCUACUUCCUGUGUCAGCAGCCAAAAGGUAGUGAGGUUCCUGAGCUCCAGUGACAUGGCCUUCUUGUUACUCUAUUUCAAUAGCACUCACAAAAAGUGUCUAGAAGGCCAAACUUCCCCAGAGGCUUGGAGGAGUUCAUGGAAAGGGACAUUCCUCUUGCAGAGGAUCUGGAAAGCAGGUAGUAUCAUGCCUGAGGUUCCUGGCCCUUCCCUGGAACAUAAAGGACCUGAAACUAACCAGGGUCCCCCAGUCCUUUCCACAUCAGCUUCCGCCAGCUGGGCUGCAGUCACUGGAUCAUUGCUCCCCAUCUCUACACCCCAAACUCCUGUAAGGGAACCUGCCCUCAGGUACUACUAGGUUGUAGUCUCAAUUGUACCAAUCAUGCCAUCAACCAGAACCGUGUUAAUGAGCAGGUAGACCAGCGUGUCCCUCACCCCUCCUGUGUCCCUUGUAUGUUCCCAUUAGCAUCCUUCUGAUGGAGGCAAAUGGGAGUUUCUUGAAGAAGGAGAAUGAGGAU